AUGAAAAAUGGAGGUCGACAUGCAUCUUCAAGAGACAGUGCAUAUCAAGCUGGAAAGAUUAAUGGAGCUGAUGUCAUCAUGUUUGUAUGGUAUAAAAAUGAAUUCUGGAAACUGAUGGAUCUCUUGAUGGACCGUGUCAUUUUUUGUGUGUUUUUGGAAGUUGAUUACAAAAUUUACAAGAAGAAAAUGAAUGACUUCUUCCCAACAGAGGGAACGGAGAAAAAAAGCCAGUCGCCUUCACCUGGGAAAUGCAAAGCCAAGCAGUCGGAGAAUCUGGAGGAUGAUAAUGAGGGUGAGAAUGGCACAGAAGUGAAGCCAAGCAUUGAUGAACCUGAGCUUCAGCGCCAAGAAGCAGAUGAGGCAGCAUCUACAGUUCCAAGCAGCUCAGCAGAUGGAGGAGAGAACCUGGGCAAGGAAAAAGAAUUCCAAGCUAUAAAAGAGCAUAAUCCAGUGCCUCAUGCAACCUGUGAAGAAGAUCAAGCUGAUGGACCUCAAGAUGAUUCCACAGAAGUUGAAAUGAGUACUCAGGCAGACUCUCAGAUCUCUUACAUGGAAGCUGAAGAGACUUUGAUAACCCAGGAGGAGACAAUAAAGGAAGAGAAGCUUCAGGCUCCUGAAGUAGAUAAAACUAAUCAAGAGAGCAAAGGAGAAGAUAAAGGAGCAGAAGAAGGGAAAGGAAAGCAGACGAUUGACCCAGUGCAACCUGAAGGUCGAUGCGAUACAGAAAACAUUUCAAGUAUUGAUGUUGAAAUGAAUAGUCAAGUUGAAAACAUAGAAGAGCCUACAGAAUCACAGACAGAAAAUUAAUCUCAGGAAGACAAUGACGAGAGAAGAAAGCAGGAAGUGACGGAAGAUCUGCAGUCACCAGUGCAUUAUGUGACGACAUUCUGACUAACAGGCAGCAGCACACCAGGGAGUGCAAAAUAGGGAGAGGGAGGGGGAGGGGAGGGGAGGGCAAUGAAGGGAUAUGACUGAUUCUUCAUAUUAAUUUCUCUUUUCCUGUUCCGUUGGUUCGGUAGAUGACAUGAAGCUUCUCUACUAUGGGUUGUAGAGUCUCGGUUUAGAUUUCUUUGCCUCAUUCCUAUCUUUUCUGCCUCUCCUUCUGAAACCCGAAGGCCCUGUUCUUCUGCAUAUAUAUUGUUAGCUUCUAAAUACUGUUUCUCAGUUGCAAUUCCUCUUCAAGGCAACACAUGCAAAGGAUAUUUUAAGCAUUGUCCUUCAAAAGUCUGAGGGUUUCUUUGGAGGGAUCACAAAACACAUCUGUAGUUACUCCCAUCAAGUAAAGAUGCUGGCAGUACUAGUAUCCUUUGUCCCACUGGCAAAGUCAACGUGCCAAUGCUAGUGCAUAAACAUUUCAGCUUGUUAGACUUUUCCUAAUGCCAGGAUAACUGUACAAGAAUUGAGAGUGAAUAGAUAUGCUAGUGUGAAUAGAGAUUUGAGGGUCACUAAUGUCAAACAUUGCAGCAUCUCCAUUGGAGGCUGACAAAAACACUUCCAGUCACACAGCUGAUACCCCAUGCAGAGAUUCUCUAUGCAAACCAGAGGCUGAAAAACAUGGAGAUUGUCCAUCAUCAGACUAAAUAUAUAUUACAAUUCUUGCACAGAGUUGCCCUCAUACAAAGUAUUAUUCAGCCAUCUCCAGAUCAGAGCUAAUGACAUUUGAAUUAGCCCUCUGACUGUUCUAUCUCAGACCCAGGAGGAUGACUUAGUUAUCCACAGACAGAAUGCAGACAUGCGUUAUGGAAAAUACAUCUUUCAGUGAAUAAGAGUCACAGUACCGAAGAAAGGAUCAUCCAUGUUCAGGAGUAUAACUAUCUUUGCCCCAAAAUCAGGACAUGGAUUUCUUUUUCCUGCUUGUAAACAUCCCAAGAGGUGGAGGAUCUCUAACAGGCUAGAUUUUUCAUAGGACAAUCAGUCUCUACAGUUAGCCAAUUCCUUGCUAAUCUACUCAUGGAAUGAAACCUUUUAUCUACCUUAAUGGUGUGUCUCCACAGCUCAAUAUUGCAUUGUCCACUAAUAGGUGAGCACCUCUGGAGUAUUUGGACAUGACUAAAGUACCUAUUAAUUCCAGUGCCCUCUGUGUAAGAGGGAUUGCAGAUAAUUCUGCAUCUAGCACACAGUAAAAUAUGGCUUGUGGCUUUAACAAUUUCAUGUCUACUCUUGUUACAUUUUCAACUGCAUAUGCACACUUUUUAAAUACAUAAAAUGCAAUUAACAGAUAUUGGUGAUGAAUGUUGUACCAUAUGUCAUCUGUUCUGCUAGCAAAUGCUGUGCUCAACUGAAAAACAAAAUUUUACAUUCAUUUUUCAACCACACUGUAAAUUAAACUGAUACCCUACUUGCAAGAUUGAAAGAACACUCAGCAUGUGUCCAAGGCUUGAUAUUCUGUAAACUAGUUUCCAACUGCUGUUAAAAACAAUUACAGGAAUGUUUUUCUGUAUUAUGAGAUGCUGGUUUUGCUUAAUUAUGCAUAUACACCAUCUUCCAAACUUUUAAAAAUAAUGUUCGGGCUUACAAAAAUAUAACAAAGGUGUAUGUGCAUGAAAGGAAGCGGAAAUUUACCAGCCUUGCUUAUUUGUAAAUAUCUCCAACACAAAUCUGAGAUAAGUAGUAACCGUUGUUUAUGCUUACACUAGAAUACCAAAAUAUGAAUUAGUUCAUGGCAUGUAAUUUGUAAGAAGAUCAAAAAAUGAAAAUUAGUUGCAAAUAUGAUACAUAACUUUGUUGCCUUAUGAGCAAUAUUUAUGUAUUCAAAAAAACAUUGUGUUGACAUUUUCAGGUACUAAUUUCUCUUGUCUUUUUGAGCCAUUUAUUACAAUGGUGACCUGAAAGAUACCUUUUAGUUACCACAUAAGCACAGUAUCAUCCAGAUUAAUAUGAAUCUAGAUUUCAAUGAAAUAUAUAAAGUAUUUGGUUAUACUUGUAUCAAUACCAUCUGAUAUUUUUGAUAUGCUUACUAAGAAUGUAUUUAGUCUCCCAUUUAUCCAUGGAGCUCUUGUGCCUCUUUUCUUCUCCAGUCCUGCUUGAUGGUUCCUAUUUUCCUCUAGUUCUCUUUGUACUGAACUGUCAUUUCUGAUUCAGUUUACUGUGAUCAAAAGACUAGCUAGCUGUCCAACAAGAACUAUCACAGUUCAGCAACAACAACCAAAUCAAAACAAGUCAGGCAGCUUUCCUUGCUUGAUCUGAGUCGUGCAUAGAAAGGAAUAUUAAAAAAAAAAAAAUCCAGUAGGUGGUACAUGAUUAAAAAGAAUUCUGGCCUGGAUUCCUCUGCAUGCGAAUUUGGGAAGGAAAUGGAUGGACACUGGCUGGGCCAAAAUUUAGCUUUAUCAAUCAUCCUUCUCUGGAAAAAAAAUGUGCAGGGAGAGUCAGAAGCCAUCUUUAUAAACUUUACAAGGUGGCCAAGUGGUCUUUUCUAGCUUUGUUUUAACUUUUAAUACGUCUGACGUGCUUUCAGCAUCUCUCGACUCUUUGAAGUGAAGAGACUUUUCCAGGCCACUUCUGGAAUUUUAUGAGAUAUGAUCAUAAAAUGUGGCGUGGUCAUAUGGCCACUUCUGGGAAUGCUAAGAAAGAAGGCCCAAGCUGCUGCUAGCAUUCCAAGCUCUGGGCGGCGGGGGGCGAGGGGGCGGCGGGGAGUGAAAAGGGACUUUUUGGCCACCUUGUAAAGUUUAUAAUCUAAACCUCUGUGUGUCUCCCAAUCCAAACUGGUAAAAUUUAUAUGGAUUUUUAAAAUAAAUAUUGGAACAAAAAUGUGCUUUUAGAAUUCCAUUCCCAAAAGUAAACAGUUACAGAGACCAGGCUUCCUGUGAUCCACUAAUCCCUAUAUAUAGGGUAGUGAAAAUGACUUUCUUUACUGGUUCACAUCUGUGCACAAAACACCUUGCCUCAGGGUGCGACAGCAAAGAAUGAAACAAAGAUUAAACCCUUAAGACAGGAAGGUGGCAGGAUUAUUCAUGUUAACUAUGCCUCACUGGGUUCAGGGGGCCUUCUUGCAUUGAAGUGUGUAUAUAACUGCAACAGACAGGUUUCAGACUGAGUUCAUGAUGUUCUCAUAGGGCCUGUGGGUAGUUAGGUAAACCAUAUGUGCAUUAAUUAAAUUCCCAUUUUCUUGUAGCUUGUGCUAUAUAGAAACAAGCUUUUGGAGUCUGAGUGGAAGUUGUUUGAACAUUAGAUGCUAGAGAAACUCUUAAACAGGAGGUCUAGAUAAUAGAUACUCUUUAGCAAAUGUGCCUUUGGCUAUUUGCACAUAUAGGCAAAGAAUGCACAGCAAGAUUUUGGAUUGAUCUCAUUCUCUAAAUGGCCUGUAUUGAGAUAGGAAGUUUCUUCCUACCGAGUUGACCACUGGUCCUUUUUGCUCAGUAUUGUCUGGCGGUAACUCUCCAGCAUUUCAGACAGAUUGUUUUCCCCAGCCCUAAAAUGUUGUGCUGUGCAAGGGAUAUGCACCAACACUAUAGGUUUUCCCAAAUGAAGCCCUGCAAGGAAUGUAUUAAUGUUCUUAUGUCUGUUCUUGAAAAUGACACCAGCUGAAAGAUUCUACUUAUCCAUAAAGAUUGGAACACAGUCUCAUAAAGAAUAAUAAUAAUAAUAAUAAUAAUAAUAAUAAUAAUAAUAAUAGGA